CGAGAAACUCGGCUCCCACGAGCACGAGCUAACGGAUUUUUCUGAAGCACUGUUAAAAUUAUUGCUUAGAUCAGGAUGCCUGGCUCCAAGGAAAAGUCUCGGCCGUUAAAAAGAAAUACAAAAAGAAAAACUGCUGAUGAGGAAAUGGAGUUAUCAGAGAAUGAGGUUAGAAAUACAUGCAAAAAAAAUAAAAGUAAACAAAAGCGCCUGUCUUCUCAAGAGACUGGACAAAAAAGCCAUACUAAUCUGAAGCAGGUAAAGAUAUACAACAGGAGAAAAACCUGGCGACCUCUUUCACAGAAUAGUAGAGAGCAUUUGCAAACUUUAAUGGAAUCAGUAAUAAUAACAAUUUUGAGUACAACGGUCAAAGGAAAAGAACAAACUCAGUAUCAUCUUAAUUGCCUGAAGAAAAGAUUGUUGCAGAAGUGUGAAUCCUUGAAUGUUCCUCCCAAAAAACUGAAAGAUUUGACUAAUAUAGCAGGUGUCCUGAAAAUGGAGGGAGCACAGCACAGAAGAAAUGAAGAAAGCCUGGAAUUGUUGCAGGGAGAAAUAGAUAAAAUUGUGGAAACAGCAGAAUCAAUGACUGGAGAGAUUCAGAGUCUACAGGACAAAAUUCAGAUUCUGACAAGGGAGGUAGAAGAGGAGGAGAAGAAAAUUAAAGAGCUGCAUCAGAUAGGUAGUAGUGGGGACCUCGCUCUUCCAGAACUUUCUCAGAGAAGUCUCAAAGCACCCAUACUUCAGAAAGAAAUGUUGGCAUUAAUUCCAAACCAGAAUGCUCUCCUAAAGGACUUGAAUAUUCUCCAUAAUUCACCCAAGAUCAUGAACAUGUUCACUUUCAUCGAAGAAGCCUACAAAAGACUGGACACAUCUUAAAAGAAUUUCUUAAAUAUAGUUCCAUAUUAAUGUAAUAUUUGUGGAUUUGUAAAACUCUUCAUCUGUGAUAACAGAACAGAGACCAAGAUUUCUGGUUUAUUAUCUUCUAAUAUGCACUUUAAAAUUAGCUCUUAUAGUAGGUCUAUUAGCAUCUGUCAGAGUCCUGAAAACUUUUUAUAGCAACAAAAAUGUUACCAAGCCUUUUUGUCUAUAUUACUUCAGUUAUUUGUCUGAAACAAUAAAUUGUUAUGGUUUACAGCCACAAUCUAAUGAGUUAAGUUGGUUGAAUAGAGCUCAUGAUUAGUUAAUGCAGAGUAAUUGUAAUACUGUGACUUAGUGUAUGUAUAAAGUGUAUCUAGUACCUACAACGUCUGUAUUUGCAUCAUUGUCCUUUAGCUGAU